AUGCAUUCUGAUUAAUAAACGAAUUAAUAUAUUGAACAAUUGUAAUUUAUAAUAUCAGAAAAGGAUCAAAAAAUUUAUGAAUAAGAAUAAUAAAAUGAGAAUUUAUAAAAAAUAAUAGAUAUUUAAGAAAAGGAUUUAUAGAAAUAAAAGGAAAAUAAAUAUAAAUAAAAUGAGAGUAGUGAGAUACAAAGAUUGUAGCAAGUAGAUUAAAAAUUUUAAUAAAUAAAAGGACAUUUGCCUGCACUUAAUAUUACUCUAAAAAAUAUUUAAUAAAUAUUUGAUGCUGCUUAAUCAGAUUAAGAUUAAAUAAAUAAUUUAUCUCUAUCUUCUGUUUCAAUAGUUGAAAUGAUUCAUGAUUUUAACUAAGGUAUAGGAGAAAGUACAUAGAAGUCAUUUAAAAGUAAUACUAUAUUGACUUCUGGUCUUCUUGAGUCAAAAUAAUUAAAUUUAUCAUAAAUUUUAAACAAGAAGAGAAACUUAUGA